CUGUCAGUUUUAAACGUCAAAUAGGUUAUGUUUGUGUAAGGUAGAAAUUGUGUUUAAUUUAAAAAACUUACAAUAAUUCUGUGAUAAAAGUUAUUUAGAAAAUCUACACGAUUUCAUUUUAUGUCAUAAAUUUAGCGUUAAUAAUAAAGUUGUACGAGAAUGCGUCCGCAAUGACGUUCUAUUUUCAGACUCAAAUAUUUAAAAUGGAUUGUGGCCAAAGGUUAAAUUUCUGAUGAGUUUUGAUAUGAAGUAACAGUGCAUUUGGUAUAGGCCGGCCCUCCUCCGUCUGUGUUGUUUGAUAUGGAUGAAUUUAAGCUAAGAGCGGGAGAAAAAAUCGGUGCUUUGCAUGAAGCGGCUGCAGUCGUUGCAAAUAAUGGCAAAAACAGAUUUUAUGAUGUUUUCAAUCACACAACAGAAGCAAUCAGAAGAAUACGAGAAGCUUUCUUGGAUAUGUGGGAGCACGAAUUGGUGACGGAGGGCAGGGCUCGGGCAUUGGCCUGGGCACGAGAGGCCGCCCGCAGAAUACAAGAUGGUGCUCCACCCCUCUCUCCCAUGAUACUAUAUGAGGAGCUGGUGACCCUUUUGAAAGAUCAUGUAUGGCGUCGUAGUAUGGUAAUCUUCAUUUGCGGUGUGGCGGUCGGUGGAAGCGCCGGAGUAGUCAUAGGCCUGCGAGCGAGUGCCAGAGCGCCAAGCGGACCGCAUGCCAGGGCGCUCCACACACAGUCUGACCAAACCGUCAUACUGGUCGAAGAUGCCGUGUCACCAGGCGCCGGUGCUGGGGAAGUGCUGGUGCGGGUGCAGGCGUUCAGCGUGUCGGGCGCCGACCGCGGCGUGCUGCGCGGUCGCGCGUCUGCGCUGCGCUCGCUGCUGGGCGCCGCGCCGGUCACCGUGGGGCGGGGCUUCGCGGGUGUAGUGCUGGACGUGGGGCAAGGCGUAAGCGACUUGGAAAUGGGCGACGAGGUGUGGGGCUGUAUCAGCGAGUGGAGCGGAGGUGCCGCAAACGAGCUGCUCGCUAUUAGAAGCACGCGAGUGAGCAAACGUCCGCGCCACCUCGCCGCGGACACCGCCGCCGCCCUGCCCUGGGUCGGCAGCCUGGCGCUGGCGGCGCUGCAGCGCGUGCAGUACCGCCCGGACACCAGCAAGGGGAAGCGGGUGUGCGUGGUGGGCGCGGCCAGCGGGGAGGGCUGCGCGCUGCUGCAGCUGCUGGCCGCGUGGGGCGCGCGGGUGACGGCGGCCGCGCCGAGGAAAUCGCAUCGCGUCCUAAAAGAUCUCGGUGCACACGAGCUGGUUGACUUGGAAAGCAACGCGCACACGAGUCCGUCAUGGCUGUCUCUAGAACAAUACGCGAGUCGCCACGGCCCGUGGGACUGCGCCCUCUGCUGCUCGGGUGCUCCACCUCCGCCCUCACCUGCGCCUUCUGCGUUGCUCAAAGCAACGGCACCACGAUACGCAUUGAUCGAUCUCCGACCGAAGCCCUUACUGACUGACCGCUUGCCAACACCCUUCUGGGUGUUGUUCUCGGCUUCCUUUUACACUUUCAGGCUUUUCAGGUGGUUAGCUGGGUGCGGAACCCACACAGACUGGUUGGAAGAUAAGAAUCAACUCCGGGAAGGGCUCGACAAUCUUCGACUCCUUGUAGAUUCCGGUCAGCUUUCUCCUGUGCUCGAUAAGGUUUUCCUUCCCCAGGACUUUGAGUCCGCACUAGCCCACGCCUGCGGUGAGGAUGCCGUCGGAACAUCCGUGGUAAGAUUUCCGUAGACUUGCGAUAUGAACGCUCAAAACAUUAAAUGUCAUCCAAAUUGUUUACACAGAUUAAAAAUAAUUAUUUCUUUCCUAUUUACUCUGUGAUUUUUAAUAAAACAAACGUGAUAUGUACACGAUUAUAAUACGUUUUUGUUAUCUGUAAGUUUACAAACUUUAAAUUAAAAAUGUAUAUAUAAAAAAAUGUAAACAAAAACUGUCUUAACUGUUCAAAGGAUUGAUUUUGUGAAAUAUAUUUUCUAUAAAAAAUUUUGUUGUUAAAUUGUGAUAGAAAAACAUUUCGACUGUCUUUUUCUGAUAUUACUUUUUUGUAUAAAACUUUACAACAACAAAAAAAUAAUAUAACAGCAGAAAUAGGAUAAUAGAUUUGUUACUUAAGUAUAUUUUUCUAUAAUAUUAAUUUUAUUAACCUUUAUUGAAAAUUCAGAAAUAUUAUUAAGUUUUAUUUGAAUAUUUUGUUAUUAUGAAAAAUAAAAAAAAAUAAGAAUAGAUAUAGUAUAAAAUUGGUUUGCAUUGUAUGCGUUCUUUACAAUGUUAUCACAAAGUAAGUCAUUAAAUACUGUUACACUUAAUCAAAUUUUGUUUACUAAAUUUGAAGCCCAACCGCUGAGAGAAUGCAUUCCUGACCUGUCACUCAUGACUUAUGAUAAACUACAAAAAUAAACAGUUUAUUUAACCUGGUAACAGCAAAAAAUUCAUUAAAAAUAAUCUGAUUUAUUUAAAAUUUAAUUUAAUUAAACGAAUACUAUACGAUAGAAGGAUAAAUAAACUAUGUUGACUAAUAUUUUCUUCGAAUCCAUUGUCUCGGCUGUUGCGGCUGUGACUUUUUUUAUAUAUAUAAUAGGUAGGCGGACGACCAUACGGACCACCUGAUGGUAAGUGGUCACCAACGCCCAUAGAUAUUGGCAUUGUAAGAAAUGUCAACCAUCGCUCACAUAGCCAAUGCGCCACCAACCUUGGGAACUAAGAUGUUAUGUCCCUUGUGCCUGUAAUUACACUGGCUCACUCAUCCUUCAAACCGAAACACAACAGUACAAAGUACUGCUGUUUUGCGGUAGAAUAUCUGAUGAGUGGUCCGUACCAACCCAGACGAGCUUGCAUAAAGCCCUACCACCAGUAACUGGCAGGACAGUAGCAGCUGCUUUCUGAAGGUUAACCAAUCAUCGAACACAUAAGAGCUUAAGUUAUAGAAACUAUUGGCAUAAUGAUAUAUUGACUUGACGACCCGGUUGGCGUGGUUGGUGGAUACGUGCCUUUCACACGAUUUCACGGUUGUGGGUUCGAUUCCCACCCAGGACAGAUAUUUGUGUGCAUGAACAUGUCUGUUUGUCCUGAGUCUGGGUGUAAUUAGAUAAGUAUGUACUAUGUAUGUAUGUAUGUAUGUAUGUAUGUAUGUCUGGUUACCAUAGUGCAAGCUCUGUACAAGCUUCAUUUGGGAUCAGAUGGCCGUGUGUGAAUAAUGUCCCAGGAUAUUAUUAUUAUUAUUAUAUUUAUUGUUUGAUCAACAGCGAAUGACUGAUAAUGUAUACACGUUACAAACACAACGCGAAACUUUAAAAAAAAAUCGUAUUACCUGCCUGUAUGUUCCGAUGGCUCGAAUAGAAGAAAUAAAACACUUACGAUUUA